CUCCGGCCAAAAGCGAUCCACGAUAACGAGCCUGUUGACGAGCUUGCGAACGACUAUAUGUACCUUGCUUGUGUCAAGUUUAUCAAUUCCGUCUGCCUGUCCUUGUAUGUAUCACCGGCGGUCGUGGUUCUAACCAGUAUAAAAGCAUGGGAAAAGGUCAGCGCAGGAAUGAUGGAAGUGUACGCAGCGGAGGUACUAGGCAAACUUCCUGUCAUCCAACACUUCCUCUUCGGGUCUAUCCUACACGAGGGUCCUUCUGCGUCAUCU